UCAAUUCUGUUGACGUGACGCAUCCUGCUCAACGAGUCACUGUUCCUCGCAUCUCUUUCAUUUCUUGGCCACACGUUUAGUUUACAGUGUGUACAGAUACACUUCAAAGGAGAAAAACUGAACUCAAGAUACCUCAUAACACAGAUUGCUGGUAUACCUCACACCCUUUAUCACAUCAGCAUCGCUCCCGGAGAUCUUAUUACUCGACUGCUAAUGAAAACAUGCGCCAUGGAAAUGUGACAAAUUUUGUGAAAAAUGGAAACUGGUCCAGGGAUUGACUAGGACUGGUCAUUCCCAAAGAAAGGAGGAAAGGGGUUAUGUUACAGAUCAGCUUGAUCAAGUUUCUUUUGCUCCUGAUUUUCACCAUUAACUAUUCAAGUUCAUUUUCCACACCCCUCAACAUGUCAAUGCACUCUGUAAAUAUGAAGCACAUUUUGAAAUGGACCCCUUUGUCAUGUUCCACUGUCAACUAUACUGUACAGUUUCAAGGGGAGUAUGAGCUACACAAUCUAAAUGGAUCUUGGGUGAAUGCACACGACUGUCAAGAGAUCAGUGAAAACAAAUGUGACCUCACCCCUGACCUGGCCUUUAAAUCUGACUACAGCGUACGCCUAAUGACAAAAUGUGACAGUGAGACGUUUUGGACACAGCUACCAACUACUUUUAAUAGAAGAAACACUAUGCUGGUGGCUCCCAACAUGACAGUGGCUAUAGAGGGGGACAUUAUUCAUGUGGGAUUUAACACAUUCCUUCCAUUCGAAAUUACCGUCCGACUUUUUGUCUCGAUAAAAGGAGCCGAACAAAAUUACUCAACUCAUGUUAUCGGAAUGUUUCCAUAUCAUUUUUCCACUAACGUGACCCAUCGAGGAGAAAAGAUGUGCUUCAGGGCAGAAGUGUUUGUGGAGGCCAUAAAUAAGAGCUGCAACAUUGACACUCAGUGUGUCAUAACUAAGAACACACCUGAAUUUGGAAUACCAGUUAUGGUGAGCACAGCUGUGGUGAUAGUGAUUGCCGUGGCCAUUAUUUUGGGAUGUUCAGCAAAACGUUUUGGUCCAUAUAUCAAACAAAACUUUUGCCAUAGAGAGCCACUUCCCAGUCCACUCCUUGAUUUGCCCCCCAAGAAUUUUGUCUCCUGUAUGAAUAAUUCAUCGGAGCAAACGGACCCACUUGUUGUGGCUCCGGCCUGAAGAGGGUCAGUGCACGGCAGAGUGAAGUAAAACGAAGAACAUGAAUAUGAAAUUAAAGUUUAAUAUGCCAUGCUUAGAUGAACAGCCAUUAUUGUUUCAGCACCUUUUUCACAGCAUUUCCGAUUUUGGAAUUGGGUUACGCUGCAAGAACUGCUACAGUAUAACCGUUGUAUAAUUACAGUAUAUAAGUAUUAUUUUGAUACUCUUUUCUCAGUUUUAAAUGAACUUUGCAUGUACUGUAUAUUUUAUUGUAUUUAUAUGUUAUGGAGCCAUAAUGGAUCAACUUUUUGUAUUACAUCGUUGUAAAAUGUGCGAGUAGUUACUGCUCUCAGUACAAAAGUUUUCAUUGGAGGGGUAGCUUUUAAAAAAGGUCCUAAUAUGUACCAUUUUGGUAGAGAUAUGUACGUUUCAGGUACCAGUAUGUACCUCUAAAGUACCAAGGUGUAUAUUUGAGGUAAUAUUCACCUUUUAGGUACA